UUGCAUCAGGGUUUUUACUCUAGCUCGACUGGUGUUGCUGGCUCGGAAAGCUCGAGCUUUUACAGGUUUUCCUCAGCUUGUGUCCGAGCAUCAGCAAACUUCUCAGGUUAUACGUUUCUCUUGUUAAAGAAAUUUACGUGAUCAGUCCAGGAUGUCGUUCACAAAGACAACUCGAAAUAUCUACAGAUCCAGCAGUGGCCAUGGUGAUUUCUCCAUUGAACAUGGUCUUGACAUGGGUGCCUUGACCCGCCUCGAGGAUAAAAUUCGUCUUCUUCAAGAUGAUUUAGAUGCAGAGCGUGAGCUUAGACAACGGGUUGAGCGGGAAAGGACUGAUUUAUCUGUUCAGCUGAUGCAAUAUGCCGAUCGACUGGAGGAAGCCGAAGGAAGCAGUGAAUCACAGAUCGAAAUGAAUAAAAAGCGAGAUGUAGAGCUGUCUAAGCUGCGAAAACUCUUGGAAGAUACGCAUUUGGAAAGUGAAGAAAAUGCCCAUUUACUCCGCAAGAAGCACCAAGAGGCCAUCGCAGACUUUCAGGACCAGCUCGAUGGUGUUCAGAAAGCUAAAGCUAAGAUUGAGCGAGAAAAGCAAAAGUUCCAAGCUGAGGUGUAUGAACUGUUGGCUGAGGUGGAGAGUGCAAACAAGGAUAAGCUUGCAUCACUGAAGACCGUGGAGAAACUCGAAUACAGCGUCCACGAACUGAACGUCCGUAUAGAGGAGCUGAAUCGAUCAUUAACUGAGGUGACGUCACAAAAGUCCCGCUUAAGCUCCGAAAACAUUGAGCUCAUCAACGAAGUUCAGGAGUAUAAGGUGUCUAUUGAGAAUAUCACUCAUAUCAAAACACAGCUGGCUACUCAACUUGAGGACACAAAACGCCACUUGGAGGACGAAGAAAGGAAACGAUCUUCUCUUGAGCAACAUGUUCAUACAGUAGAGAUGGAGCUUGAAUCUCUCAAGGUCCAGAUUGAAGAAGAAUCAGAAUUUCGCUUGGAGCUAGAGCGACAGCUAGCUAAAGCAAAUGGCGAAGCUUCCACGUGGAAGUCCAAGUAUGAGACUGAACUUCAAUCUCACCAUGAAGAGGUUGAGGAACUAAGACGUAAAAUGAUCGCCAAAACUGCUGAAUACGAAGAACAGUUGGAAUCCCUUCUGAACAAAUGCAGCAGCUUGGAGAAACAUAAGUCUAGACUACAGAGUGAAGUGGAAAUAUUAGUAAUGGACUUAGAAAAGGCUACUACGCAUGCUCAAAACCUUGAGAGGCAAGUGACUCAGCUCGAGAAAGUGAACAUUGACCUCAAGUCUAAGAACGAAGAGCUCACUGUGAUAGUGGAACAAACUCAGCGAGAACUGCGAAUUAAAAUCGCCGAUCUUCAAAAGUUUCAAUAUGAAUACGAUAAGCUGAAAGAGGUGAAAGAAAACCUUGUGCGAGAAAACAAAAAACUGGCGGAUGACUUGAAUGAUGUGAAGGCCCAUCUGAAUGAUGCCAAUCGCAGGAUUCACGAGAUGGAUCUGGAGAUUAAACGUCUGGAGAGCGAGAGGGAGGAGCUAAGUGCUGCCUACAAGGAGGCAGAGACUCUGAGGAAACAAGAAGAGGCUAGGGCUCAACGACUGUCCGCAGAAAUGACCCAGCUUAAGUAUGACUUCGAAAAGAGAUUGGCUCUGAAGGAAGAAGAAAUGGAAGCAUUGCGUAAACAGAAGGAGAUUGAAAUUGAGCACCUCAGUAUGAGGCUUGCUGAAGCUGAGGCUAAACUAAAGACAGAGGUCGCUCGUCUCAAAAAGAAGUACCAAGUACAGAUCACCGAACUGGAAAUGUCUCUUGAUGCUGCCAAUAAACAAAUGUUGGAUCUUCAGAAAACCAUCAAAAAACAAUCAAUGCAGAUCAUGGAACUCCAGUCUCAUUAUGACGAAACCCAUCGUCAGCUUCAACAAACCGUCGACCAGCUAGGAAUUGCUCAGAGGCGCUGUCAAGGUCUGCAAUCUGAACUGGACGAGAUAAGAGUGACUCUAGAGUCUGAAAUCCGGACGAAGAAGUCAUUGGAGCAAUCUCUGGAAGAAUCCCAUACUCGCAUUAACGAGCUAACCACUAUUAACGCGAACAUCACCUCCGCAAAAUCUAAGUUGGAAACCGAACUAACUGCCCUACAGGGUGAUUACGACUCAAUACAUAAGGACUUGCGGGCCGCCGACGAUCGUGCUAACCGGACCAUCACUGAACUGAAGGUGACCAAGGAGCGCCUGGUGGAACAACAUGAAAGAUAUGUCAAAAUUGAAAAUAUCAAAAAGUCCCUGGAAAUUGAAGUUCGCAACUAUCAGAUUCGAAUAGAAGAAGUGGAAGCUAAUGCUUUAGCCGGGGGAAAACGAGUUAUUGCCAAAUUAGAGACUAGGAUUCGUGAUGUGGAAAUUGAGCUGGAAGAAGAGAAGCGUAGACAUAUUGAAACCCAAAAGAUCCUGCGCAAAAAGGAAUACCGCUUGAAGGAGAUCCUGCUACAAACAGAAGAGGACCACAGAAACCUCAUUUUAAUGAACGAAGCUUUAGAUAAAGUCAACGAGCAGUGCAAGAUGUAUAAACGCCAGCUUGCUGAACAGGAAGGAAUGAGUCAACAGAACCUCACUCGCGUACGUCGUUUCCAGCGUGAGCUCGAAGCCGCCGAGGAGCGCGCUGACCAGGCUGAGAACAAUCUUUCUUUUAUCCGUGCAAAGCAUCGCUCAUGGGUAACAACCAGCCAGGUCCCUGGUGGAAUGAAACAAGUGUUUAUAUCGGAAGAACAAACCUCAACCCGAUACUAAAUUGUCGAGAAGUAGCGAAAAUUCCAUCUGUCGAAAUUACGUCAUUUUAUACGCAUGCGCAUAAAAUGUAAGAAAAACAGAAUAUCUGAGAGAUACAAUUACCCUAAGUGUGAAUUCAUGCAUGUUUUCCUAUUUGAAUUAUUUAAAUCUAGCUAUUUUAUUCCUUUUUUAAAUGUAAAUGUCUGUGAUUUGGAUAAAUAACCCAGCAGAACCUGCAGGUUUUUGCUUGUGUUAAGAAAUAAAGAUUUUAGCUUCUUAGA